CACUCUGUGGUUAUGGUCUCCCUUGAGUUCAGAUAGCUGAAAGGGGAUUUAGUUGGGUUUCUUGGUCGGGGGAUCUGUCAGCCCAACUGAUCCCAGAAAACAGUCUUCAGGGAAAUUAUGGCUCACGCUGCAGGAGUGCGCGGGCCCCUUUUACUGAUUUUGUUGGAGAUAACCAUCAUUUGCACGGCACAGAGGGCUGGAGCCGGCCCUCCUGGUCCUCCCGGUGUGCCAGGAGUAGACGGUAUUGAUGGCGAGAGAGGUGACCCCGGUGAAGAUGGAUCAGCUGGUCCUGAUGGAGAUCUUGGAAAACCAGGUUCUGCUGGACUUCCUGGACUACCUGGAGCAGAUGGAUUGACUGGCCCCAUAGGAGAACUAGGCCCCGAUGGCCUCCCAGGACAAAAGGGAGAACCUGGCAAUCCUGGACCCAGAGGAGGGGCGGGUGCUGGACCUGAUGGACCGAUUGGACCACCAGGACCAGGAGGACUUCCGGGUGAGCAGGGAAAAGUGGGACCCCCUGGAGCCAUGGGAGUGAGAGGGCCACAGGGACCCCGUGGACCAACAGGCCCCCGUGGUGCUGCAGGGAUGCUGGGUGAACAAUGGAAACUGGGUCAUAAAGGGGUGAAAGGAGAAGUUGGAGAGCCUGGUAAACAAGGACACAAG